GAUGUAAUCAUGUCGCAAUCAUAUGGUUAUGUUGUUCUCUGGAUGAGUCAGGGCUGUUCUGACAGACGUGCCACAGGAUCAGUGUAGGUGGACAAUUUAUUACAGUUUUGGGAAACGGUGGAGUGGCUGUAGGCUUCUGUGGAAUUCAUCCUGAAUUUGUGUUGUCAGACAAAGCGUGAAGUUUCCUGAGCCUGUUCCAGUUGGUGUGGGAGUUAAGGGGGAGUUUCUGUCACUUGGAUCAGUGAUUGAGAAACGGAGGGAGAGAAGGAUCUGGGAGGAGAAAGAAGGAGGGAAGAUGAGGAGGAGUUUAAAUGGGAGGUGGGUGAAGGAGGGAUAAACGUUAAGGAUGGACUGAGCUUGUGAGCAGGUUGCAGCAGAGGAAGUGGGCAAGUGAGAAGAAUGUUUUUGAGGAUUUAGUUAUUGUCGGUUUUUUUGACGUUAAACUGUGUCUUUCCGUAUCACGUGAUCAUAGUAGAAUCAAGUGCUCAUCUCUUGGGACGUCUCCAAAGCCCCAGGGCGGUUUGACCUGGAGGAUCGGGUUCCUGCACCUGAAUCUGAUAGCAGAAAGAUGAGGACGAGUCAGGCUAGGGGAUUCAGAAUGUUGAUGACCCGAUGGAUGCCCUGGAAGAUCUGAGCCCACAGAGAGCACUUGUCGAAGCUCUCCCUCACCCUACACCUCCUACCUACAAAUCAGAGUAGAUCCCUCCUUCCUCAUCAGCGACCUUUGCCUCUGGGAAGUAUGCCUGGAUGGAGGUCCCAAUGUCAUCUGGUGCUGCUCAAUCUGCUGUCCUGUGGCCUGGAGAUCUGUGUGGCAGGUGGCAUCACCUAUGUGCCACCACUGCUACUGGAGUCUGGCAUAGAGGAGAAGUACAUGACCAUGGUGCUAGGUAUCGGUCCAGUUCUGGGCCUUGUCUUCAUCCCUCUCAUUGGUUCAGCCAGUGACCGCUGUAGCAAUAGUUAUGGACGCCGGCGACCCUUCAUUUGGCUACUGUCUCUGGGUGUGCUCAUGGCCAUGCUAAUCAUCCCUCAUGCUGACGUCCUGGCUGCCCGCCUCAGCUGGGGUGGCAGUGCCCAUCCUAACCAGCCCCUCCAGGUGGGCCUGCUCAUCUUGGGUGUGGUGCUGCUAGACUUCUGCAGCCAGGUGUGCUUCACACCACUGGAGGCACUUCUCUCAGACCUGUACAGUGGGCGUGAUGAGUGCACCCGUGCCUUUGCUACCUUCUCCUUCAUGGCAAGUCUGGGUUCAUGCUUGGGAUACCUCCUGUCCUUGCUCGACUGGAGCUCUGGUCCACUUGCCCAAACCCUGGGUGGCCAAGCCAAGGGACUCUUCACUUUCCUUAUUCUAAUCUUCGUCUUCUGUGUGCUGGUCACCAUGAAGGCAUCAGAGGAGGAAGAGGAGACUGAUACCUUGGCUAGAUGCCUCUCCUUCUGCUAUAUGCCCCGGAGACGGUUUAAGACCUGCCUCCCAAGGGCAAGUUCGCUAAUAUGUGUGCUCAGGAGCUGCUGGUCAGUUACACCGGCGAUCUUCAGAAGCUACUGCCAUGUGCCAUAUGUUAUGAGGCGUCUCUGUGCCGCUCAGCUAAGUAGCUGGAUGGCCAUUGUGAGCUUCAUGCUUUUCUACACGGACUUUGUCGGAGAGGGACUUUACAAAGGAGUGCCCAGUGCUGCACCAGGCACAGUAUCCAGGCAGCAAUACGAUGAAGGUAUCCGUAUGGGCAGUCUGGGGCUGUUCCUGCAGUGUGCUACCUCAACCUUCUUCUCACUAAUCAUGAACCGGCUGGUGUGUACAUUUGGCUCCAGGAAGGUCUUCUUGUUCAGCAUGGUAUCUUUUACCCUCUCGGCGCUAGUCAUCUGCUUGUCCAAGAGUGUGCUCUUGGUCACGGGGAUGUCGGCCCUUACUGGCUUUGCUUUUGCCACCUUACAGACUCUGCCGUACACACUUACCUGCCACUACCACCAAGAGAAGGAGGUGUAUAUGGCAACCAACAAAACCAAAAAGACACACACAAACAGGAUAAACAUCUCCCCUGAAACAAUAUGCCUCACACUGAACGAAGACAUGAGUGAUCUGAACCAUAAUGGCCAUGCCCGCUAUGACCAGGAUGACCUGGAAUAUUACAGUCAGAAUGCUACGCACGUCGAUUACAGAUCAGAUGAUUAUGACAAACGUGGCAUAGGCUUGGACUUUGCUAUUCUUGAUAGCACCUUCUUGCUCUCUCAGGUCUUCCCUUCUCUGUUCAUGGGCAUGAUUGUCCAGUACACACAGUCAGUCACUGCCUACAUUGCUGCUUCUGCCAUUUUUGGUGCAAUCAGUGUAUAUUUUGCCACACGUGUCAUCUUUGAACAGAAGGACCUUGAGCACUAGGAGAAAAUCCUAAAUUUGAAAGUCUAGGUGCCUUUUAAGGCUUCUCUCCAGGAAUAAACAGGUUCUUGGAACACAGUUUUAGGCUUAAUGCUACUAGAACACCAAAACCCAGCCUGAAAAAAAAAACAACCUGUAAUAAAUCUGUAGUCAUUCAGCAUCAUGACCUGCUGUUCUUCUUUCUCCUGUCUGCCCACACAAUAACAUCCUGCCUGUCUCACCAUCCUUCCUGUCAGUCAUUCUCACCACUCGUUGGCCCAGAUGAGGAAACCUAUUUUUGAAGUUUAUUUAAUGUUAAUUUAACUGUUUAAUUUCUUUUCUUUGCACUAAUGGCAUGUCUUAUCACAGUCGUUAUUUUCAGUCACUGACUCUACAUAACUGUUGUACUUUAUCCUCAGCGCAGGCCUGUAUGGCUUUACAUUGCUGUGAAGAUGACGUCACAAUGCUCAGGCUUUUUAGUUCAAUCAUAUCAUAUGCACCCACCAAAAAAAAAACCCACACAACUUGGACCAACAAUUGCAUCAGAUAGAUGCGAUGUGAUGCAAUGCCUUUGUCAUGUAAAUAUUUAGAAAAAUAACUUUUACUUUGUAUAUAUUUUUGUACAUUAAUAAUAUAUACAUACACACAUUUAUAUCCCUAUGGGAAUUUUUUGAUGCAACCUGUUUGCCGAGGUCAUCUGUAUUUAUGUUCUGUUGCUUGCUUCAUGCGAACAUCAUAUAGUUUGUGGAAUACAUUUUGUCUGCGUGGUUAGUAAGCCGCACUAAUAGCCAAAUUGAGCCAGAAGCUAAAAAAAUGACAAUCUAGCUUAUUUUUGUACAGAGUUAUACUACAUAAAUGAUACUGUAGAAACACUUUGUGCCAUAAAUCUUCAUCAUCAUCAUCAUGGAAAUGAUGCUAUAGCAGGGCAUGGAAAUUGGGGUUAUGUUUGGACAUGAAUUUAUAAAAAGACUGUGUGCAAGAUCGCGUGUUUGAGUGUGCAUGGGGUUGUAUGAACGUAUGUGAGUGUAUGCAAGAGAAUAUGUGUGAGCAUGUGAGCAACGUAUGUGAGCGUAUGCAAGAGAGUAUGUGUGAGCAUGUGAGAAUGUGUGUGUGCGUGAGAGUGCAUGAGAGUACACGAGUGAGAGUUUGCUUAAAAGUGCAUGUGCAAGAAUGCGUGUGUGAGAAUGUUUGUGGGAAAGUGUCUGCGAGAGUAUGUGAGAGUGAGACUACUUACAUUUGAGAGUGAGUGCGAGAGUGGGGAAUCAGUAGAACUCUCAGGACAGACCCAUGUGCUUUCAAAGCAUAAAUAUCUUUGUCUACUGGUGUUGUAUCUAGUCAAAAUUUCAGAGUAUAUUUACAUUAAACAGCCAUGAAUUAUUUGAAAAUAAAUGAUUCAUGAGUAAUAGAUAAUUUAUUAUGUCUGCUGUUCACAACUUUGCAUCAAAUUAAUUAAAUAAUUUUUUUUUU